UGCAAACGUCUCGCUGCGCUAACAGCGUUUCCUUAAAUCUGAAAGAUACGCAAUCGUAAUCGCAGGCACGUCUUAGCGUAUUUCGAAUAUAUUCUUGGCCAAGAGCCGCCGCCAGCGCGAGUGCAAUUGAAACGCGUGCAAAUGCAAAUCAAUUAAAAAUCUUCCCAAAAAAAAAUAAAUGAAAAUCGAUUCUCUCCAAAAGCAAAAAAAAAUACGCAAAAAUAACAGAAGUAAAAGCAAAUGUGGCUCAGCUGUGAAUAAAAGGAAUCGAAUUCUAUGUCCAACUGUGCAUUAUCGGAAACUUUAAACUGUUGCUGAUGAUAACGAAUCUAUGCCCAUUGCAUACAUAUAUACAUAUAUAAAUAUACAUGUGUACAUUCAUAUGUAGAUGGGGUUAAUUGCGAUUAUGUCAUGAAGAAUCGUAGGCGCAAUUCGAAAAUUCUUUAAAAAAUCUGGCAACAAAAGUCAAGAAAGCAAAGUUUGAAAAAGUGAGAGAGGAGGAAAGAAAUCUUUAUUUGUAAUUGUGUGACGUGCGUGUAUUUCAGUUUAAACAAAGCGCAACAACAACAACAACAACUAUCGCAAGUGCAACAACAACAAAAAUACGCGUGUUUUUUGCACACUUUUUUGCGCCGUCAGCGCCUGAGAGGCAACAACAACAAACAACAACAAAAGCAAAAGCAACAACAACAACAGGCAAACAGCACUCUCUGUGUAUUUUGUUUGUGUGUGAGUUUCGGCCUAACCGGCAAGUGCAAAAAGUUUAACUGUGUGUGUGCCGCUCUCUUUGCUUCGCGCGCUCUCUCUGUCGCUCUCAUUGUGUGUGUGUUCCUGCGUGCGUGGGUGUAUUUGUGUCGGAACAGCUGUUUAGUGCAACAUGCAGCAGCAGAGCUGCCCAAAAUCCUAAAGGUCCACACACACACACACACACACAUAUAUAUAUAUAGAUACGCACAAGCCGCUCUCAGGUGCCGUUCUCAGGUGUCCAGCUCGCAUUUUUCGCAUAAGCAACUAUUUGCCACCACAUGAACAUGGCCGGCAGCCUCUUUCUCUUGCAGCACAAGCUGCUGCUUGUCGCGCUGCUCUGCAGCCACAGCCUGGCCAUGGCCAAGCACUUGACGCACGCAGACAUUGUGGCUGCCAGCGACGACGACCUCAGCACGAAUGUGCACCACCGCCAGACGCAGCUGCACCACCAGCAUCAGCAUCAGCACAGCGCCGCAACGCACCACCGACGCCGACUGCAGCGCGACUCGCGCGCCAAGGAUACAGCGCAGUGCGAGCCGGUCAAGGGUUACUUCGAAUCGAUCGACAUCAGGUCGAGUGGAGUUUACAAUGAAAAAGGCGCCAUUUGCGGUGGCAGCUGCUGCAGCAAUGCCACGGAACUGGAACUGCGCCAGAAGGCAGCCGGAAAGUUUGAGCAACUGCUGCACCAUCACACGAGCAGCCUGCGCGGCAUCCUGGAGACCACGGCCAGCCAGUUUCAGAGUCACGUCCUGGAGCUGGCGGAGCAGUCGGAGAACAAGACGUUGAAUGUGUUCUCCCAGGUCUACAGGCGAAUGGAGCCACUGUCGCGAAUGCUCAUACAUCAGCUGUACACGGAAAUCAUCAACCAUUUGAAGUACACGUCUAACUAUAGCAGCAAUAAUGGGCAGGGCAACAGCAUUUUGCACAGCCAGAGCAGCUUGGAGGAUGCGCUGCACAAGUUCUUUGAGAAUCUAUUUCCGGUGGCCUACCAUCAGGCGGUGCAUCUGACCAAGGACAAUUACGGCGAGCUGCACGACGACUACACGAAUUGCUUGAAGCACAACUACGACGACCUGCAGCCAUUUGACCAAAUACCCAAGGAAAUUCAGGCCAAUCUGCUUCAGAGCGUGCACAUGUCCAAUAUCUUUAUGAACGCCCUGCUCCAGAGCGCCGAGGUGCUUAGCGAAACGGACGCCCUCUACGGCAAACAGCUGACGGACACGUGCCAGCUGCAUCUGCUCAAGAUGCACUAUUGCCCCAACUGCAAUGGCCAUCCGGAGUACAGCAGGCCCAAGGUCUGCUACAGCUACUGCAUGAAUGUGAUGCGCGGCUGCUCGGCUCAGUAUUCGGGCCUUUUGGACAGCCCCUGGUCGAAUGUUGUGGAGGCCCUGGACAACCUGGUGGCCACGCACAUACGCUCCGACAGCGGCAUUAUGAGUACCAUCAAGCAGCUGGACACAAAGCUAUCCGAGGCCAUUAUGCGAGCCAUGGAAAACGGACCAGAGCUAGAGAAGAAGGUGAGGAAAACAUGCGGCACGCCCAAUCUGUUGCCCUCGCUGACCGCCGCGGAGGCGCAGCCGGUGCAGCAGCACGCGAGCAUCAAGUGGGCAACGCCGCCAGAUGCGGGCAUCGUGCACUUCCUGUCGACCAUCGAGAAGUCCAAGGAGUUCUUCACCAAUAUUGUGUACAACUUCUGUGAUGAGGACUAUACACAGCGCGACGAUCAUCUCUGCUGGACCGGAGAUCGCGUCGGCGACUACACCCAGCUGCUGAUGACGCCCGGCACGGACACCCAGCGCUACAAUCCGGAGGUGCCAUGGGAGAACCAGUCACAGCUCAGCAGGCUCAACGAGCUGGUCGACAAGCUCAUCAAGAUACGCAAGAGCAUCGGCGUAUCGGCGCCUGUCUCCAACAGCCAUGACAUCCAGAGUGACAUGGGUCGCGAGGGAUCCGGCGGCGGCGGCGGCGGAGGAGGCGGCGGCCACAUGAGCGACGACGAUGAGGAGUACAGCAGCAUACACGCCUCCGGUGAUGGCUCCGGCGAUGGUCCCACAUCGAACUUCGAUGAUCCAUCAGGCACCACGCCCAUCAACUAUGACACCGAGUCGCGCGAGGUGCAGAAGGGCGCGUCCAGCGCACUGACGGCCACUGCGACGAGCCUACUCCUCACACUAGUCACACUCUACAGUAGUUGUAGUUAAAGCAGCAGCAGCACCCAAAUCCCAAAAAAAUAAAUAAAAUAUAUAUAUAUAUAUAAACAAUAUAUAUAACAACGCAUAAUAAUAUUAAACGCAAGGCAAGGCAGCAACAUGCCAGCAGCGGAAGCGCGCGCACAAAGUUCGACGCAAUUAAAUAUUAAUAAUUAUUAUUAAUAUUAUUAUUAUUAUAUUAUUAUUAUCAUUAUUAUUAAUAUGAUUAUUAUUUGUGUAAUGCUUAAGUUGUUACCAUUAAUUUAUUAGCCUAAGCGCAUUCACUUUGCAGAGUAACAAAAACCCAAUUGGAGUUGCGCUACGUUUGCUCCGUUUGGCGUUGCCACCUUUCUUCUAGCCUUCCCACGCCUGGGCUUGUUGCACCUCAACGCUGAAUCCAAUUAGACUUUUGUGCCAUAUAAAUGUGUUGCGAGGUUUGCACAAACAACAACAACAACAACAACAUCAAUACAAAAUAUACAAAAAAUAGGCUCAAAAUAUUGAAAGCAAAAACCUGUCCACCAUCGAACUUUUUAGCAAGUGCAGUUUGUUCAGAUACAUGUUCUUUAAAUCAUAUAAAUAUAUAGACACAUAUAUAUAUAUCUAGCGUACAGAACGUAAAUUAUAAAGCUCAAUGUUCAAAGCGAAUUGUUCCUUUUUGGUGUAAUUAAAUCAAGCGAAUUAUAUAAAUGCAAAAGAUACAGAUACAAGAUACAAGAACUAGUUGCUGUUAUGGCUCAUUCUGCGGGAGCUUCUCUUAAAGUUCACAGAUAUUAAUACGUAAAACAAGAAUUUAAAGAUUUAAAUGUUUAUGAAAUACAAAUAACCGAAUUAUUGUUGUCAACAUUUGUGAGAGCUCAAAGAAUCGUAUGAAAGAAAAUGCAUAUUAAUGGAAUUUAGUUGAGUAAACGCACUUUUUGGGCAAAAAAAAAAAGAGAAAACAAAAAAAACUAGAAGACUUACAGCUUUAUACGCAUGAAACAAUAAAAAAUCUAUUUAACUAUGUGUAUCUAUAGAUAUAAAAAAUAUCUAAUACGUAGCGUUAUUAAAACUAAAUUUUAUGAAGCAAUCACUUUGAGGUAAUGUCAUAAAAUGCACACAACAUAAAUAGAAAUGCAAUUUAUAAAAACUAAGGCAGAACAUCAGCAACUAAAUGCAUUAAAGAAAAACAACAAUUUGUUAAGCUAAGUUGGUCGAAAGAUGAGAACUGAGCUUGCAAUUGAGAAUCAGCUUUUGACCAAGCCAAAAGCCUCUUGAGAAAAAAAAACCGUUUAAUGCAAAUGCUGUAGAUGUUUAACUUUUAGAAACUAAAACCAACUAAAUUCCCAGCUUCGUAAUUUUUGUGUUGUCUUUUGAAAAGAAAGCAGCUUAGGCGACACUCUAAAGAAUAAUAAAAUGCAAAAGCAGGCACUAAGUAAAAUAUAAAUGCAUACAUAUAUAUAAAUAAAUAAACAUACUAACAUAUACAUAUAUGUAGUAUAUUAGCGCGUAAAGUGUAAUAAUUUAGCGUGUAAAGUGUAAAAAGAAAUGGUUUAAUGACAACAUGAAAUUUAGUUAGUAGCCAAUUAACAAAGGAUAAUAACACAACAAAUUGAUCUACUUACUAUAUAAAAAAAAAUAUAAAAUAUAUAUAUAUAAAUAUAUAUAUACAUACUACUGAUUAAUAGAAACUAACGACCGCAGGCGAAACUAUAAACAAGAAGAAGAACAACAACAAGAAAAGCUCUGAGAACGGCGGUCACAUGAAUAUGUGUAUGUUAAACUAUGUAUAAUUAUUAUUUUUAUUAUUUAACUAUUGCAUGUGAUUAAUAAUAUUUAAGUUAAACGUAAACAAAACAUAUUAUACUGUAACUUAUGUAUACCGCAACAGCAGCAAACACAACGUUCGAAAGGGGAAGCAAAUUAAUGCAAAAAGCAAAUCAUCUUUGUAAAUCUAAUCGAAGAUAAUGCAACUGUGCACAAAAAAAUUAAAUGUACCACUUUUUAGACGCCUAAAAACCAAUAAAUAAUAAUAAAUAAAUC